UUCCGGUUCCGGUGGGGUUGGUGGCUCUGCCUGCCGGGCAGGUGUCGGUGGUGCGGGGAGACCCGGGAUGGGGCAUUAAAGCGGCGGUUCCGCUCGCGCUCUGGACUCGUGAGCGGUGGUGGCGGCUGUGGGAGGCGCGGACCGAAGGGCGGCUGCUGCUGCUGCUGCAGGAGACUAGACCUUACUUCCUUUUGAUCAACUCCUUUUAAAGCAGCAUCUCAUCAUGGCUGAACUGUCACCUGAAGAAAUUCAAUUGAGGGCCCACCAAGUCACUGAUGAGUCUUUGGAAAGCACAAGGAGGAUUCUUGGCCUGGCUGUUGAGUCCCAGGAUGCAGGAAUCAAGACGAUCACCAUGCUGGAUGAACAAGGAGAACAACUAACCCGUAUAGAAGAAGGCAUGGACCAAAUAAACAAGGACAUGAAAGAAGCUGAAAAGACCUUGACAGAGCUCAACAAGUGUUGUGGCCUCUGUGUCUGUCCUUGCAACAGAACAAAGAACUUUGAGUCUGGUAAGGCAUACAAGUCAACCUGGGGUGAUGGUGUGGAGAACUCAACAGACCGUGUUGUAGCCAGCCAGCCAGGACGUGUAAUAAAUAAUCAGCCACAGACCACUGGAGGAGCAAGUGGGGGAUAUAUUACACGGAUAACAAACGAUGCCAGAGAGGAUGAGAUGGAUGAAAAUCUUGCUCAGGUGGGAAGUAUCCUGGGGAACUUGAAAAACCUGGCUUUGGAUAUGGGCAAUGAGAUUGAUUCACAAAACAAGAAAAUAGACCGGAUAAAUGAGAAGGCGGAUACCAACAAAGAUCGUAUUGAGCAAGCCAAUGUCCGAGCCAAGAAACUCAUUGAUAGUUAAUGAGCGUUCUGCCAUUGUCCAGUGUCUUUCUCCAGCUGCAAGUCACCAUUUUUAUAUCUGUGAAAUUUUCUGUAUUUCAAAACAGGGGUAGCGGAGUCGGGAAGCGAGUGCAGCAGGUUGCUUUUUAUAGUACUUGUUUUCCUAUCCUUGUGUGCAGAUUUUGCUUUGACUCCAUCAGAGCAGCAACAGAGCUCCUAAUCAUCUGCCCUACCUUCUUAAACCUGCUCAGGGCUUAGUUUUACAGCUUUGAGAAUGUUCUUUCUCUUUCUCCCUCACAACACAAAGUAUUCUAUUAAAAUGGAAUAAACAGGGUGGUAUAAUUGUGGAAAGGUUGGAGAGGAGACUUUACAAAUUUUGGGGUUUUUUAAUUACUUCACUUAGAGUUGUGCGUUCUCACUAAAAUAGGAACUCGGUGAUGCUUAUUACCUGUAUUUCUUAGUUUAGCAGGAUAACCAUAGUUUUACGGACACUUAAUUUAAUUUCCAAUACAUAUAUGAAAUCCAUAUAUAAACUACCAAAUUUAAGAAGUUCUGGCUCACUGGCUACUUGUGGGUUGAGGGCUUUAAAACAAUACACACUGUAAUUUGAAGGAAAUGGGGGGAGGGGGGAACACAUGCAUUUUCAUUCUUUGAAUGUGAAGUGAUGUUGAUGUAGAGACUGUGGUUAACAAAUUAUGCUGCAUUUUCUGGUAAUACUUGUAUUGUGUAUAUAAUUGAUUUUUAAACACCAUGCACCUAUUUUACUGUUGAACAGAAGAAAAUAACUCGGUUCCCAUAUUUAUGCAAUGGAAAAGAUUUUAUAUCAAGCUUCUAAAUAUUUCCUUUAAAAGUAGGCUCAACAAAGCUUUAGAUAAAAAUGUAAGAUUAAUUGAAAACUUAAGUCUCCAGAAAAACAUCAGACAGACUCUGAAUCUGAUCACCUAUAGUAAGCAUGCAAAUUUCCCAUCUGGAUUCCAUAUCAAAUUCAACCUUUGUCAGUUCUCCCUGGAAUUUGGGUUGUGCCUUUCUCCACUGCAGUACCACAAAUCUCACCAAGUUCUGUUCUCCCACCGUGUGUUAGGGGCAGCUUUUUUAAACCUCUGAAUGGAUGUUAAAUAACGAAUGAGGGAGAACAAAUUUCUUCACACAUUUGAGUACAGUUUUUCUCAGUCUUUUAGUUUUUAAACCAUGUAUACACCAUAAUUCACCCUCUAUUCUGCAUGAUACUUCUGAACUAUGCAUGUGCUACUUUCCCACCUAAUCUGAAUUUAAAUUAAGAUGUAUACCAGAUAACUUUUUGAAUAAGUGGACAGCAGCUAUGUUUCAUGAAGUUAAAUUUUUGCUUGGCAACAUGUCACAAUAAGUAGAACAUUUAAAAUACUAUCUUGCUAUAAUGAAUGCUUCAUAUGAAGGAACUACUUCUGUUCCUCCCUUCUUACCCUGUUCUGGGAAUAAGAUGCUUGCUCUAUCUUUACUAUAAUCAGUUUAUGUAAUGUAAAAUGUUCCAAAUCCAAGUUGUUUGUGGUGGUAAUGCUGAGGUUCCUACUCAUAAUGGCGAAUACCCCAAUCAGCUAGAAUCAAAAAACAAAAUUGUUCACAGGGAAAAUGGAUGUGGAUUCAUGUUUUGUCUUCCAAUAAACUUAGCCAAUCUUA